GGAAAAUAUGCCCUGCGUAAAACGUGCCAGGGAACCUUUCCCUGUGCCUGGACAAUUAUCCUACGUCCAUUAUAUUGUCAGACGGCACCUCUGAGUAUAAAUCCACUUUAAACUUGCUACAGCCAUAUAUAACCACUUGAAGAGUGGGACUUGCAGAAGGAGAGACUUCACGUUAGUCUACGUGGGAGUAAAUCAUGCCUGAAAUAUUAAACUCAGGGCAAACAUCCCCCUGUGGCCCCAGCAGCCGGUGGUUUAACAGCCGCUCUUUGACAGCUCGGUAGCUCGGUACUCGACGUCAGGCUACUGUAUGACCGUAGUGAUACUUGGCGACGUGUCAUCCUCUUUUUAACAUUUAACUAUAUGACAGUCCGUUUACAAUUCAAGUUAUCCACUUAUCUUGAGACUAAGAUGAUGUGUCGACCUAGCUUCCUUUUUAAUUUAGCUGUUAAGCUAGUUAGCUAACUAGCAUUGCUGACGGCUAACUAGCAACAUGUUAGCUGGCUAGUAACAGGGAUCCUCCCAGCACUGUGGCGGCUAGCAAGCGUUAGCAAUCAAUUUGGUAAAUAUUUUCUUAAUAUUUUUAUUUUUACAUUUCUUAAUUUAACAAGAAGUGUGUUGUAAGUCCUUGUCGGGCUCUCUCUAAAUAUUCAGUGUUCCGUGGUCAGUCUGUUUUUUUCUUUCCAGGAAAAGGUCAACAGUCAUUGUUUAUCGAGGCUCAGCUGUAGCUAGCUGCCUCUAUUGUUUACAUGGAUACGGUCAGCUGAAGUGCACUGAGGGCAUGUGGUGGUGGUCACAAUACUGGAUCAGCUACAGAACAGUGGAUAUAUGGAAAUGGAGCUGGGAGGUAGCUAACGUUUGUCCACAGCUGCCGAAAUGAGGAUGACUACCGGGGCUUUGAAGGAGGACAGCUGUGCCUGCUGGACUGUUUGACUUUGUGCGGGCGUUGGACAAAGAACAGGAGUUUGUUUGCUCAUAUUAAACCUGAAGCCAGACGAGAUGGGGAAAACAGGAAAUAAACUAUGCUGGGAGCUGGUCCACACAUCGGGCGCUGGGAUGUUGCUGAAGGCGCUGCUGAUCACCAGUUUGCUUGGCUGGGUGAAAUGUCAAGAGAGCCAGAGCAUGACAGCAGAGGAGAAGACUGUUAUCAGGGACCAAAUUCUUGAAAUGUUUGAUCACGCUUAUGGCAGUUACAUGAAAUAUGCCUAUCCAGCAGAUGAGCUGAUGCCUCUGAGCUGCAAGGGGAGAGUCCGUGGUCAGGAGCCCAAUAGAGGGGACAUAGAUGACUCCUUGGGAAAGUUUUCUCUCACACUGAUUGACACCCUUGAUACCCUGGUGGUGUUAAACAAGCUUGAUGAGUUUGAGGACGCAGUGAGGAAGGCUGUGACAGACGUGCGCCUGGACAAUGAUGUGGUGGUGUCUGUGUUUGAGACCAACAUUAGAGUUUUAGGAGGGCUUUUGGGAGCCCAUGUGAUGGCCGAUCUGCUUAGGCAGCGUGGAGAGAGGAUGCAGUGGUAUCGUGAUGAGCUCCUACACAUGGCCAAAGAGCUGGGCCAUCGAUUACUGCCUGCCUUUAACACCACAAGUGGCCUUCCCUAUCCUAAGGUGAAUCUGCGGUAUGGAGUCCUCAACCCACUUUCACGUACAGGCACUGAAUCAGAUACUUGCACAGCGUGUGCUGGAACAAUGAUCCUGGAGUUUGCUGCCCUCAGCAGACUGUCAGGAGAGUCUGUGUUUGAGGAACAUGCAAGGAAGGCUCUGGAUGUCCUCUGGCAGAGGAGACAGAGGGGAAGUGACUUGGUGGGGACAGUCAUCAAUAUCCAUAAUGAAGAAUGGGUCAGGAGGGACAGUGGAGUUGGUGCUGGUAUCGACUCAUACUAUGAAUAUUUGAUGAAGGCCUACAUUCUUCUAGGAGACAAUGUGUUCCUGGAGAGGUUCAACAUUCACUACAGUGCCAUUAUGAAGUACAUCAGUCAGCCUCCCCUGCUGCUCAAUGUGCACAUGCACAACCCCACUGUGAGCGUGCGCAGCUGGAUGGAUUCUCUCCUGGCAUUCUUCCCUGGCUUACAGGUCCUGAGAGGAGAUUUAAAACCAGCUAUUGAGACUCAUGAAAUGCUUUACCAAGUAACCAAACAGCACAAGUUCCUCCCGGAGGCUUUCACUACAGAGUUUAGAGUUCACUGGGGCCAACACCUACUGAGACCAGAGUUUGCAGAAAGCACCUACUACCUCUAUAAGGCCACUGGCGACCCCUACUACCUCAGAGUGGGACAGUCCAUCGUGGAAAAGCUCAAUGCCUACGCCAGGGUGCCUUGCGGGUUCGCGGCUGUGCAAGAUGUUCGCACUGGGACACAUGAAGACCGGAUGGACUCGUUCUUUCUGGCUGAGAUGUUUAAAUACCUGUACCUGAUGUUUUCGGAGAAGAGCCAGCUGCCCAUCGAUGUUGACGACUACAUAUUCACCACAGAGGCUCACCUUCUCCCCGUAUCUCUCUCCACCACCCAGCCGCCCUGUCAAGGCAACAAUACGGAGACUGUUUCUGUUUCUCAAGAAGAAGAUCUGUUCACACACUCCUGCCCCAGCAUAGAGACGUUGUUCCCCAACAACCCCUCAUUUGCCAAAACCAUCCGGGACAGCUACAAGUACCUCACCGGGGUGGGACGAGCCUUCCACCCCUUACCUGUCAGGGAAAUUGAACUACCACUCCAUGAUAAUGGGAUGGAGCCAGUAGAGUUCUUAAAAAGCAUGGGCAUUUCUCUCACUCCACUGAAUGAGGUCAUGGCAGGAGACAUGGGAAGUCGUAAGGAGCAUAAAGGAGUGUACCGGGUAAAACUUGUGGCAGAGGUGAGCCACAUGUCAGAGGAGGAGGAGGUGGUGCCUCAUGUAGUUCAGCUCAUAUCCCCACCGUUUCUGGGUAGGACAGUCCUCACAGCGGGACCUGCCAAGUUUGGGAUGGACCUCACCAAGCAGGAGCACGGGGUGAAGGGCAGCAUAGUGAAAGCCUCCCCCUACACUGCGUGUGGGCCAAUAGAUAACGCAAUGGAGCUCAAAGGACAUAUCGCUCUAUCACUGCGAGGUGACUGCAUGUUCGCUGUGAAGGCUCGUCAUCUGCAGGAGGCAGGAGCCAUAGGAGUCAUCUUUAUAGACCACCGAGAGGGAAGCAAUAGCGAGGAAACUCCCCUCUUCCAGAUGGUUGGAGAUGGCGACUCCACUGACGACAUCACCCUCCCUUUGGUCUUCGUGUUCAACCGUGAGGGUGCCGUGCUCACGGCUGCUCUCGAGGAACAUCACAAUGUGGAUGUGCUGCUGCUGCCUAAAGAGAGGCAGCUGGGACAUGAUAAGACAGAAAAACCUGUUGGCAUGAACAUCAAACUCCGCCUGGCAGAGGAGGGGGAGCUGGAGGACAGUGUAACCAGAGGGCCCACCUUGAAGUUUGUCUUGGAGAAACAGGAGGCGCUUCUUAAGGAGGAAGAAGACCUCAGACAGCUACCACAGGAACAGCAUUUCUGCACAAAGGCAGCAGAGAAUGACAGAACUGAACCGUGUUCAGCAGAUUCCUCUCAAACCACAAACUCUGACAGUGCACCAGACGCAGACCCCUGACCACCGCUGAUCUUCAAGCAGCCAAAGUUCCUAGCACUGAUCUUUCAUCAGUUUCUGAAUGGUGCGUGCCUCAGAGCCCCUCACUGCCCUACGUGGAGCCCUAAAUGACCCAGCCUGCAUGUUUACAACCGAUGGAGGAAAGGAGUAAAGCAGUGUCUCAUCCUGGCUUUUUACUUCAACUGGUAGCUGAAGGGCAAAAACUGUGGGUGAGGAUGGCUGUUGCUGCCCACACCUAGCCUGUAGUGUUGCUAUUGUAGGCACAUUCAAGGUGUUUGUGAUGAUAAUGACGUAGUAUUUAAAAUUACCUCACCUUAGAGGAAAACAUAGAUAAGGUGAAAAUGUACUCAGCUAGGUUUUCAUGAAGUGCAGUUUGUUUUAUUGUAGAGUGCACCUUUUCACUUCAAUAGCUACUGUUGAGUAUCCAGUGAUGACCAGUAGGUGGAGUUAGCUACCUUAACCUCUCAGUAAAAUAAUAUCAGCAGAUGAGGGAGAUGAGCUGGGGCCAAUUUAGAACGUUUAUUUUAUUUUGUAAUAGUAAGCAACUUCAGGGAAUUUCAAAAACGAUUGCAGUUAGCUAGGUUGACCCAUUUGAUGAAAUGUGUGUGUGUGUGUGUGUGUGUGUGUGUGUGUGUGUGUGUGUGUGUGUGUGUUGUGCAUUUCCUUUUUGCUAUAGAGUGUGUAUAUAUGUGAGUGUGUGUGAUGAUACCCAAGAAAGCAUCUCAGCUAAAUCACCGUUGCUAUCAGAUGGACCCCCCUGUUUUUACUAAGUCACCAUGCAAGGAAUUAAGAAUAAAACUCUGUAGUAUCAAUAAUACCAUGACUCUUAGAAGGAAGAAAGAAAUUAAGUUACUUUUUUCUAGCCCACAAAUAACUGGGCAGUUAUUGUUAAAUCCUAAUUCAUCUUUUCAUUGCAAAAAUUACCAAAGCUGGUUUUGUUGCAACGAAAGUCUACAUGUAACUCUUGUUGAGUUCCAGAUUCAGCGUCACAGGUUGUUCUGCAGUCUCAGACUGAUAUGCACUUUGAAACACGAGUAUGAUCGUCUAUGACAGAAUCAUUUCUUUGUGUCUGUUGCAAUAAGCAGUUGCAGUCAUUUCUCAUCCCGUUUUACAUUGUGUAAUGAUGCAGUGUUUAUAGCCACCAUUUAAAGUGAGGAGUAAUGCUACUCCCCCUUUUCCACCAACACAGAGCUGGUCCUGUCCCAGUUUUGCUCCUAAUUUUGAACCAUUCAGAAUAUUUCGACCAAAAGUAAAUUAGUUGAGAACCGACCACCGCUGAAACCGAAACCGGAACCCAGGUUUUUUCUUGACCUGAAGUGUGAACCACAAUGACAUCAGUGGGCGGGUCGUAGUUAACAGGUUAGAAAGUGAAGAUGGACGAAGGAACAAUGAAGAAGAAGAACAUGCAUUUAUCUCAUUAAUAUUUGAUUGAUCAUUCUGUAACAACAAAACAAAAGUUUAAAGGUUAUCAAUAUGAUUUGCAAUUUUGCCACUAUUGUUUGCGUCCUUUGUGCAUUUUGCAAUGCCUUCUGCUAUUGAUGCAUCCUUGAUUACAACAGUUCUGCGAAAACCUGGAGGAAGCUCAGGCAGGUUCAUGUGAAAGCGUCCUGAAUGGAACCGGUACAUGAACCAGACCUAAUUUGGUGGAAAAGGUGUGUGGAGGGGUAGUGUAAAGGUCUGGUGUGUAGGAUUUAGUGGCAUCUAGUGGUGAGGUUGCUGAACUGAAACGUCUCCCGUGUGCCACAUGUGUAGGAGAACUACGUUGGCCAAUGCAAAAAUGCAAAAGGCCGAAUCUAGAGCCAGGGUUUGUCUUGUCUGUUCUGAGCUACUGUAGAACAACAUGGCAGACUCUGUGAAAGAAGACCUGUUUCGUGGGUAGAUAUACAGUAAAUGGCUCAAUCUAAUCUAACAAAAACACAAAAAUUCUUAUAUUCAGUGAUUAUACACUAAAGAAAACAUAAUCAUGAAUACUUGAUCCGAUUUCUGCAAAUAGAUGCCCCUAAAUCCUACACGCUGGACCUUUAAAAAGAAAUGAAAUUUAAUAUUUCUUUACAUUCAUUGAAAUUGCUUGAGUACAGCAACAUUUUUGCAUCAUCUAAAAUGGUAAUUUGUAAACUGGAAAGGCCAACUGAAUUCUGUACAUUGUCUGUUAGUCUCUCACACUUUAUUAACUAAAUCAUAUUCUGGGCAUUCUUAUAUGUAAUCACUUUAUGCAACAAUCAGAAAGAAGCAUUACUCUUUAAUCAGUUUGUUUAUAUUGACUUCAUUCUCACUAAUAAUUUAAUUGCAUGAUUUUUGUCUUUUUGUGGUACAUUAAUGUGGGCUAAUGUUUGUGUGAGAAAAACACUUUUCAUGUCAGUUUGUUUAUUUUAUGUUUGUACAGAGGACCCGCUCCUGAUGCUGCUGAGUUCAUUUUAAGUCUUAAUCCAACCUUUUUUUUUUUUUUUUAAAGCCUGUAUGAGGCUUUGCCAACCCGUAUACCUCAGGACUGUUUAUGUGACUGUUCACACAGAGAAGAGGGACGUGGACAAGAAGUAGGAGAUUCUUUCUUUUCUUUUUUCAAUAAUUUGUCAUGCUAUUUAAUUCUGCUGUUUAUGAAGGUUUCAGUUCAUCUGUCGCUAAAAGUCAAAAAGUGCCAAAAGAAUGCAUGACAUGGCUCCUGUUUCUGUUUCCCAUCUUGUCUGUUUAGUUUCUGACUGUGAGCUGAGGCAGUCUCAUCAAUAAAUUUGAAAUCACAAUUAUCAAA